AUUUUGGCGCGUCUCGCUGAGCUUGAGCAGGAGGGACUGUUGUGGUUGACGCUGCUCUGAGAGCUAAACACUGCUACUUUAACGGAGAACAGCAGUGAUGUCUCAACAACCACAGCAGACGGUGCCCUCCGCCCCGGACUCCCCUGCGCUGGUGGUCACUACGAACGUGCAGAAAUAUGCCAUAAAGAAGAAGAAGGUCCUCAGUGCUGAAGAGAUGGAGCUGUUUGAGCUCACCCAGGCUGCAGGCAUCACCGUGGACCAGGAGGUCUUUAAGAUCAUAGUGGACCUCUUGAAGAUGAAUGUGGCCCCUCAAGCGGUGUUCCAGACUCUGAAGGCCAUGUGUGCAGGCCAGAGAGUGGCUGAAAGCUGCGGUGCUGAGUCUUCAGCGGCCUCCCACACCACGACCAUGACCACAGCACCGGCAGAGGCCCGAGAAGAGGACUCUUUGGUCUCUGGAAAGAGCCCUAAGCCUCCUGCAGCUCCCCCCUCAGCGUCGGGCCCCAGAGCCACAAGGGUCAACACUAAGAUUGUGGUCUACGGCCCCCAAGACGCUAGCUCUCCUCACUCUCAAGCCGUGCGCAGUAAAGCUGGAGCGAGCCACAGUGAGAAGAGCAGGGAGGCUUCCAGCCAGCGAGUGCAGCGGCAGCCCAGCGCCACCAGAGGACAGAAGACCAAGAGCUCCGGCAGCAGCAGCUCGUCCUCGCAGAUCAACUCCACAUAAGACUGCGGUCACUGUGAAGCCACCUGUAAAUAUGUAGGUUUCUUUACAUUUAACUUAUGCGUGUUUAAAUGUGGUAAAGGAUUGGUUCAACUAAAUUGCAAAUAUGUAAAUAAAUAUAUACGGCGUCUCUCUUUUGGUAUUAUUUGCUUGGAUUUAGGGUAAUUUGUGCCUUUGAUUGAAAUUUUAUUUUCAGCACAAUUUGACAUUUCAAAGAUUCAGCAGUCUUCCCAUUAACAAUGUUUUUUAAAAGUUAUUUUUUAAUAUGUAUAUUUUUGGGGCUUUUGCCUUUAUUUUAGUAGAGAUAGACAGGAAUGGGGGGAGAAGAAUGGGGAGAGACCUGCAGCAAAGGGUCGUGAGCGGGAGUCAAACCCACGACUGCUGUGUUGGAAAACUGUAGCCCCUGUUUAUGGGUCGCCCGCUCAGCGAGGUGAGCUACAGGGGCGCCCAACAAUGUCUCUGUUGUAUAUAGUCAAUACGUAGUUUGAAUGAAACUGCUCACAAUGAGAUCUGUGAUGUGAGAGUGAUAUCUCAGCCUUGGAAAAUACAAUGAAGCUGCGCGCGUGACUAGAUAGAUACUGAAUGCAGAUGUUAACCCUCUGAACUCCAAAUCUUGCCAGCGGAUUUGAAAGACAGGUUAUCUUUAAACAAAAACAAUGCUAAAAUGACACCAUUUAACAGGGUCACAGCACUAUAAAAACAGAAAGAAUCAUGAGAUGUUCAACUUUGCAGCAGUUUUUGAACUAAUCUAAUGUGUGACGUGCAGUUUUAUAGGUAAGUUAACAAAAUCUUAAAUUUGUGAUAUUUAAUGAAAAUCACCUUAAUAUACAUGUGUUUUUAGAAAUUUGCCAAAAAUGAACAGUUUGAACAAUCAGAUUGUGUAAAAACAAAAAAUAAAAUCCACUCCUCAGCCAUGACUGCGACCAACCAUCGUGUGACUAAAAGGACUUUUCAGCUCAGUUGCAGGUUGUGUUCAACAGAACAGAGAGGAGAUGACAAAAUGGAGGAAAAUAAAUCAUCCUAAUUGAUAAAAUAAUCACUCCAUGUCUAAAACACAGUAUACAGAGGAACAAGUGACUGGAAGAUACAUUCAGCAGGGUGAAACAUCUUUCUAGACUUGAUGUGCAAGGUAUUGUGAAAAAACUAAUACAUUUGUCAGUUUUCUCAACUUCUAGUCGUGGCAGGAGAAAAAAAGGUCCAGAAACUGCUCAGGAUUCAGAGGGUUAAGUGAGAAAAUCUGUUUGGUUUUGUAUGUUCUAAUCUAGAUAAGCCAGUCCUUUGAGGUUCUAACCAUGUCAAAGUGCAGUUUUUCUCUAUUCUUUGUUCUGACCGGUGUUGUACAGAGUGAGUGAAGCCUUUUGCCUCGUUUGCCAUAAACAGUUCAAACAAAACAGAAUGACACAAAACAAAAAAAUAUAUUUCAAUAUUUUCUACUGAAAGAUGAAAAUGCCUGUAUUCAACGUGAACAUUUUUAUAUCUUGAUGAGUCUUUAAUAAAGUCAGUAACGAUAACCUUA